GCACGCCAAUCAUUUGGAAAUCCAUCACUGAACGCGUACCUAUAAUAUUUGAGCAGUAAUUUCUUGCUGGAAAAAAUAAUAAUAUUUAUAUCACAGUAAUUUAUAUCAUAUUAUUGAACGAGAAAUAGCAUACAUUUGAACGUAUAUUGCUAUCAGCGGAUAUGCAAUCCGGCGAAGUUGCCAAUUCUACGUCCAUCACGUCAUUGGACUUUGUUGAUCUAUCCGACUAUUGUCGUCUUUGCCUGCAAAUACCGGAGGACUCACAAUUGCUGGAUUUACAGUUAAUUUAUGAUGAAGAGGAACAACUCAGCUAUUAUGAUUGCUUUAUCAUAUGUACACAAAUUGAUUUGCACGCUGGCGGCAUUAAUGCACCACAUCAGCUAUGCAAAUCUUGUGGCUUAGAAUUACAAGUGGCAUAUGAUUUUCAUAAAAAAGUGCAAGAAUCAAAAAAGUUUUUAUUGCAAUUUCAAAAAUCACAUAUUACUGAUGGAGAAGCAUUGGAUACAACAAUGACAAAAGAUGGGACACAACAAGAAACAGAUAUACUUAUUGAAGACCUAGAACAAAAAACAAGUGAUGACACAGAAGUAGCUGAACCAAUACAAUUAGAAAAUGAGUCAAUAGAUAAUGAAAUUGCCACUGCGGAAGAGGAAAAUAUAGAGCAAUUAGAAGCGCCGAUAGAAUAUGAAGAGCUGGAAGAGCAUAUUGAAAUGGAAGAGUAUCAAUCUGUUGAUGAGCUAAUGGAUGAUGAUGCGGAAACAGUACAAAUAAGAAUCGAUGACGACGAAUAUGUAAUACAAAAGUUGAAUUUAAGUGCGGAUACUAAUACCGAAGCCUUAAUCGAGCCACUACAUAAAAGCACAGAUUUGCCUAAAACAACUCACAAAAAAUCACAAAUUCAAAACAAAGUCAAACAUAAAUUUGAUGGUGAGAAUGUCGACAGUGCUGGUACCGAUGGCGACUUAACGAAUGAUGAGAUAAAUAUUAUGAAAAGUAACGAGGAGUACUUACAAAACAAUAAAACAGCUAUAACGGAAUCCAAAAGCGAUGUGAACUAUGUAGUGAUUUCGAAAAAAGGUGACAUUCAACCACGACGUCGAUACAGCGGUAAAUAUAGCUGUGAAUAUUGUCAGAAAGUAUUUAAAAAUCGUUCACGCAUGCUAACUCAUCGUCGUUCGCACGAACCAGACCGUCCGAAGUACGAAUGCGAAGAGUGUGGCCGUUUGUAUGCCACAAAACAGGCUAAGGAUGUACAUGUGCGUUCCUACCACAACAGAAACGGACUUAAGUGUCCAAUUUGUGAUAAAGUCUUCGUCAUAAAUAAGUUACUUGAAGUGCAUAUGCGAUAUCAUACUGGUGAUUUUCCGUAUGUUUGUGAUAUAUGUGGACAGAAGUUUGCACAAAUGUGUCAUUUGAACACCCAUAAAAAUGUUAAACACAAUAGUGUGCGCUUCUCCUGUGAACAUCCCGGCUGUGGUAAAUAUUUCACCUCAUCUGCCUCGUUACGUAAUCACGAGUUUUCACACGGCACAAUGCCAUUCGAGUGCGCGUAUUGUAAGCGUGGCUAUCCGGCGAAGGCAAAAUUAAAAGUGCAUAUACGUCAAAAACAUGACAUUGAAGUGUCGCUUGAACAAAUGGAGGAAAUGCGUAAAUUUCAUGUGAUGCGUUCGAAAUUGAAUUUAGUUAGAAAUGAAAGUGAUGAACCCACUGUUGCUAUGCAGCCCGAAGAUGACUCCAUACCCUUUUCGACAGAUAAGUCCAUCGAUGAAUCGGAAUCGUUGAAUUAUUCAACUGCAGUAAAUAUCAGCACUCCAACCGUUCUUGUGAAGUUAGCACCUCCAUCUGAUGCCGAUGAUAUUAAUUUAGAAGAAUAUCUCUUUGAAAAUCCCGAAACAUCCGAAAGUUCGAAAAAUGAACCGAUGCGACAAGAAGUGAAGACUUCAGGAAAAUUUAGGAGUACAAGCAAGCGCGGACGCGCGCCACUCAUACCAGGUGGUCCACCAUUUCAAUGCGAAUAUUGCGAUCAUACAAGCCCGUCACGUUCACUUUUAGCCUCACAUCGACAUCGUAAACAUCGUUUUAAUAAGCCACCCAAUAAAUGUGCGGAAUGUGGCAAAGAGUUUGCAACCAAACAACAAUUGGAGCGUCAUCAACAGCGUGUUAGUUGUCAAUCUUAUCCCGUCUUCAAGUGUGAAUUUUGUGAGAAAACAUGUAUCGGUCGUGCCAACUAUCAGAUACAUUUACGUUUUCACAAAAAAGUCUAUCCAUUUGUGUGUCAUAUAUGCGCGAAACCCUUUAUGAUGGCGCAACAUCUUAAUAACCAUGUGAAAACGAAGCAUGAGGGCCAACGUUUCAUCUGUGAAGAGGAGAAUUGUGGUAAAAUGUUUCAAACGGCACAUGCACUUAAAAAUCAUGCUUACACGCACGUCGAUCAGUUGCCCUAUCGCUGUGAGUACUGUCAGCAAGAUUUUGCCACCAAGGGCAGGCUUCGUUGGCACAUAAGCAGAAUACAUGGCAUAGAGCAUACUUUGGACGAGCUGGACAGCAUGUUGGUGGCCAAAGAGAUUAAACUGAAAGCGAAAUUGCGACCAGCAUUGACACCUGAGCGCAACGAACAGGGACAAAUGGAAUAUGUUUGUAUUGAGGAAUACAAACCGGUGCCUGCAGAAGUCAUAUCAACUGCCAAGUCAAUUGUCGAUACAACCAAAUGCUUUGUGGAACUGACGACGAAGAUAGAUAACAACAAUUCGAUUACGAAACCAUUUGAGUGCAUAAAAGCCACGGAAACCGCGAUUCUACCAAAAGGCUGUGGUAGUAAAAUGAAAAAUACUGAUCCUCUCAGCACCUCGCCUAUACGUGCAGACACAUCGCAUUUACCAAUACAAAUAAUACGACCGCAACGAACAAGCCGCGUGUGCUGCGAUUACUGCUCGAAGUCAUUUCCGAGUCGAAGCAAAAUGUUAUGGCAUCGACGCAUGCACGAACCGGAUCGGCCACGUUUCAACUGUCCUUUUGAUGGUUGCGAUCGUACCUAUUUAUCACGUCAAUCCUGCGAUCUGCAUUACAAACAGACACAUAGUUCACCUGUUGACUACCAGCCAUUGGAGUGUAGGCUCUGUCACAAAACAUUUGCCAUACCGCAAACCUUGGAGAUACAUAUGCGCUAUCACACACGUGAAUUUCCCUACGAAUGUACACAUUGUGAACGCAGAUUUGCGCAAAAGGGUCAUCUAACGGCACAUCUCCAGGUUAUGCACAAUAAUUUGAGGUAUAUUUGUCCGGUAGAGGGUUGUGGCAAAGUCUUCAAAAACACCAUUUCAUUACGUAAUCAUAGCUUUUCGCAUACGGGUAUGCCCUUUCGGUGCGCCUACUGCGAUCGCGGUUAUCCGCAAAAAUCAAAGCUUAAAGUUCACCUGAAACUGAAACACGAUGUGGUCAUGUCCAUUGAAGAACUGGAAACAAUGCGCAAACUCAAAAGCUUUCGCACACGUCACACGUUUGUCAAAUUGCAAGCUAUGCAAAGUGCUACCGCAAAUUUCGAGGAAGCGGAGGGUAGCUUAGACAGCGGCGAUAUAAAUGAAUAUUUCGUAGAUGUGGUGGGAGAAAAGUAAUGUUCAAGCGUAUUGAAUACGUAGAAAGACUGAUCAAAGUGCUGCUAUUGUCCUAGUGCCAUUUAUUAAAUAUAUUAGUAUAUUAGGGGUUUGGAACUUCAUUAGUUUACGCUCAAAGUGUACGUUAUUGAAAACAGUAAUUCAGGAAAGUUUUUAAAUCUCAAUCUAAUAAUUUACCAAGUUAUUUCUAUAUUUCCGACAAGUUUCUACAUUCUCAUAAUAUUGUUGUGGAUUCUUAAAUUUUUAAAUGUUUAUAAAACCUAAGUAAAAGUGUUCCAAUUCAAA